CAGGGAGAAAAGUAUAUCAAUGUAUCCAAGAUAUGAUGCAAUAGUCAAAACUUCCUGAUUAAAUGCAACUAAUAUGAGAAGACUGAUGUGUUUGAAACCAAAGAAAAAUAAUAAAGUGAAAUGAGAUGAAGGAACAAUGGGGAUGUACUACAUCGGGACAAAAUAAUUAAUGAAUAUUAAUUAUUAGAAUAUUUCAAUCAUAUAAAAAUAUGUAAUUGUCAUUAUUUCUGUAUUUCACAUAUUUUUAAGUGUUCUAGUGAGCUAAGGACUUUUGAAUAAACGCUGUAAGUUGACAUUGGUACAAUUUUCUAGAUGUUAUAAGUAUUUUUUCAAUAAUUUAUAAGAUAUACAAAGAAAAUACAUUUAAAGUCAUACUUAUGUUUAUUUAGAACAUUUAAACAGAAUUCAGCUCAUCUGGAGAUGAUCAGCUCAAAUUUAAAUUAUCUUUCAAUUGCAAAUAGGGAAAAAGAAAACAUUCAAUACUGUUAUAACUGUGGCUCAAAUGGAACAAUCAGAGGCUGCAUAGGUUGAUCUAUGCUAUAAUUUUAAGUAUCAUCUGUCUUGUUAAAUUGGAUCAACCUUUUAAACUUGUUUACAUUUCUGACUAUGUUUAUCUUUCUGUUUGUAGUUUUUAAAAAAAAAUUUCUUCUUUCCACUUUUGGGGUUGUUUUCCUAUGUCUAUUUCAUAGGACUCAAAUCUGAAAUGAGGAAUCAGUCAAGAGAGAUGGAGUUCAUUCUCCUAGGACUGACCGAUGACCCACAACUGCAAAUUGUGAUUUUUGUAUUUCUCUUUCUAAAUUAUGUGUUGAGUGUAAUGGGGAACUUAUCCAUCAUCCUUCUUACCUUGCUAGAUCCCCGCCUCAAGACUCCCAUGUAUUUUUUCCUCCGAAAUUUCUCCUUCUUGGAAGCUUCAUUGACAACAGUCUGUAUUCCCAGAUUCCUGAUAAGCAUCGUGACUAAAAACAAAACAAUAUCCUAUGACAGUUGUGCAUCUCAGUUAUUCUUUUUCCUCUUAUUAGAAAUUACAGAAUUUUACCUACUGGCUGCCAUGUCUUUUGACCGUUAUGUAGCAAUCUGCAAACCCCUACAUUACCCAGUGAUUAUGAACAACAAAGUGUGUUACCAACUUCUAUUCAGUUCAUGGACAUCAGGCUUUCUAUUUACAUUUCCACCAUUGGCCUUGGGACUGACACUGGAAUUCUGUGCUUCCAGAGUAAUUGAUCAUUUCAUGUGUGACAUUUCCCCUGUGCUGCAGCUUUCUUGCACUGAUACUCAUUUCCUGGAAUUAUUUUCAUUUGUCUUAGCUAUUUUAACACUCCUAGUCACAUUGCUGUUAGUGAUUCUUUCUUACACAUAUAUUAUCAAGACCAUUCUAAAAAUCCCCUCUGCUCAGAAAAGAACAAAGGCUUUUUCUACUUGUUCUUCUCAUAUAAUUGUGGUCUCCCUUACUUAUGGUAGCUGUAUCUUUAAUUACAUAAAACCAACAGCAAAGGAAAGGGUAACUUUAUCCAAAGGUGUAACUGUUAUCUAUACCUCAGUUGCCCCUUUAUUAAACCCUUUCAUUUACACUCUAAGAAACCAGCAAGUGAAACAAGCCUUCAAAGAUAUACUCCAAAAGACUUUCUAUUUUUUCAAAAAAUGAAAAGAAACUUUAAUUUUUAAAACUUGGAGAAAAAAGUAAAUAGAAAUGUUUACUCAUUUCAUAAAUUAGCUUAAUCUGCCCUUCAAUUAGUUAACCUGAUAAUAUUUUAACCAGAGCUUUCAGCACAAUACAUCUAUCCUUUCCUGUUUCUCUUUAUGAUUAGCAUUCCUUUCUGUGCCUCAGCAAGAGUCCUCUCUUUAGUUAACAACACAAAUGUUAAAUUUCAUUUACUUUACAAAACAUGGUACUGACCUUCUCAAAAAAAAAAAAAACGUAUUAGAUAUUCAUCAUAAGAAUGUUAUCAGUUAUACAGACAUCAAUAUAACAACAUGCGCUACCACUGGGGCUCUAGGAAAUUCUUCAAAUGUCAUUCCAAUAUUUUCAACAAGGCAAGAAAAAAAGGCAGGCUUCAAAUCAUAAAAGGCUCAUAUGUCCUAAAAUGCACCAGGACUUUAUCUGGUAGGUCUAGAGACCUAAAAAUCUGGAGUGAAUAAGAAUCACACACCUGGUUAGCUUUUUUUAAACAAAGUCAAUGUUCUUAUCCCUAAAAUGUCUUUUCAAUUUGUCUGGAUUGCUGUAUAGAAACAUGGACUGUGGCUGAUUCUGAUGCAUGUGGCUCCAAUGAGAGUUUUAUUUCUUGUUGUUUUUUUUAAUGUUUAUUUAUUUUUGAGAGAGAGAGAGAGAGAGAGAGAGCAGAGGAAGGGCAG